GCGGGACCUGCCGCCCCCGGAGCCGGCGGUGAGCGGGCGCCUGUGGUGGGGAGCGCGGGGGUGGCGGCGCGUCGGUAGCUGAUCGCAGCUGAGGAGGCACAAAAAUGGCUGACAGUAAAGGAAAGAUGACCAAACCUGCGAAUAAGACUCCUCCAAAGUCUCCUUCGGACCCAGCAAAGGACCGAGCAGCAAAACGAUUAUCCUGUGAUUCAAACAGCUCCCAUGAGGGGGCUAUGGCAGGAGAAAUAAGUGCUCUGGAAGAGGCCUUUAGAAAAUUUGCCAUCCAUGGUGAUACAAGAGCCACAGGAAAAGAAAUGCAUGGGAAGAACUGGUCAAAGCUAUGUAAGGACUGUCAUGUGAUAGAUGGGAAAAACGUGACAAUCACAGAUGUUGACAUUGUCUUCAGUAAAAUCAAGGGAAAGUCUUCCAGAACUAUCACUUUUGAGCAGUUUAAGGAGGCUCUUCAAGAACUCUCCAAGAAGCGAUUUAAAGACAAAAGUGAUGAGGAAGCAGUUCAAGAAAUAUAUAAACUAAUUGAAGGGAAAACCCCAAUUAUAUCUGGAGUAACGAAAGCCGUAUCAUCUCCAACUGUGUCACGCCUUACAGAUACGUCAAAAUUCACGGGUUCUCACAAAGAGAGGUUUGAUCCCAGUGGGAAAGGAAAAGGCAAAGCUGGCCGAGAAGAUCUGGUGGAUGCUUCAGGAUAUGUAUCUGGCUAUAAGCAUGCAGGCACAUAUGAUCAUAAAGUACAAGGAAGCAAGUAAGGCUGAGGGUUUACAACACAGAGGGAGAAAGAGAAGGGGAAGGAGAGUAUAUUUGUAAGAAUGAUGUAGAUGAAUCCCACAUGUUUUGGUUAUUGUGAAUGCUAAGACUGUCGUCAAGAAGUUGUUUUCAGGAACUGGAACUGAUUUCAACAUCUGCUGAGCUACUUGCAGCACAAUGCCACUUCAUUACAUUCCUCAUGCAUAUAUUGGCAAAAAUAAAUAUAUAGGUACAAAAAAUGCAUUGUUUUGUUGAACUUUAGACAAAAAAACACCACCCAAAGUCAAAAGCAGUUAUACCACACUUUGUCAAUUCAAGCAAAAUAUCUCAAACAUUCCUAAAUGUCCAGUUGUCCUGAAGAUGUCAAAGAGAACCUCUUGAAAAGAGGGUCUUCCGUAGCAGUUUUUCUGAAGAGUAUCCCAUUAUUUAUGCAGUUUGAUUAGACUACUGUUUGGGGCCUUUUAAAAAAUGUCUUAUAUAGGACCUGGCACUUUCCUUAAAACGUUCAACAAUAUACUACUGGGGGAGUAAGUGGUUGUAACACACAAGGUGCUAGCCUGUAAAUGUCAUACACCACUCAUCAAAAAAACAAAACAAAACAAAAGCUAUUUCUAGGACAGUAUAGGUUCUAAAGUAUUUUAUGUCAACAAAAAGAGGUGGAAAAUACCAGUCCUUACUUUCCUCCUGUCUAUACUUUGUGCUUGAUACUGUGCGUACUGUAGCAUUGUUCUGACUGGGUGGAUUUGGCUGGAGCUUUUGUACUAACUUGAGAGGUGAGGAACAAGACAUUACUAAGAAAGUCUAUUAAGGCUUUUUGCAGUCUGUUUUCAAGUUUUUAUUAGCUCACAUUUGAAAUGAAGGGGGCAUUAAGCUAAUAAUGCUUUAAAAUAUUUAUUAUGACUAAACAGGUUGCUAUUAAGUGAAUGUUAUUAUGCACAUACAUUAGCUUAUGUACCCUUUAAGCUAGGACAUAAGGAAAGUUUAUGGCCCAUUGGAAUAAGGACAUUUGCAAUUAAUAUCCAUGUAUUUGCCUACAAAAAUGUACUAUUAUAACUGGGCUACAUUUUAUGUUAGGUUUGUUUGAAGACAAGGGAUUUGAUUUUCUGUUCACUUUUACUGCCUGACUUGGGAGUAAUUGACAGGAAUGGCUUUCCACUGCUAUAGAAGGAGAACCAAUUUCACAGGCUUAAGGUACAGGCAGCUAAGUGUGACCUGCCUGGGGCCCAGAAUGUCAAAACUGCUGAACAGGAAGGAGUAAGAAUAACUCAUUUUUUAUAUUUGUUAAAAAGGAGAGAAGAGGCUGGUCUAAUUUUCCACAAGAGCUGAACCCUAAUGUAUUAAUGUGCUUCUCUAAAAUUAUGAAAGGUAAGAUUUUCAGUAUUCAGAAACAGCUGCUAGCAGUUCUGCUUUGCUUUUCUUCAAAAAGAGUUCAUGCACUGAUUUAAAUGUUUGACCCAGAUGAAAGAUUAACAAAUUUAUUGCUUUCCCCCAGCCCUUAUUGGCAUCCCACUCACAGUACAUAAAAUGCAGUGAGCAGUGUGUGUUAUGUGCCAGGCAGGUCAACAGUCUGUAUCUGGCCAGUGUCCAGAAACGGAGGUUUUCAGCCCUUAACUUGUUCAUAUUUUGUUUUUUUUCUGACAUGGAAUUGCCUUUCUUGUAACUUUGCCUUCAGUGACCCUUUGAGCCCAUACAUCAGCCUGAAACCAAAACACCAAUAGCAAACAAAGGCAAGGACUUCCUUGUAGACUUGGAGAUUUUCUUUGUUUACAAUUUAUUUUGGUGUUUGUUUUGAAGAGGGAGGGAAGUUUGCCAAAACUCGGCACAUGUUUGUGUAAAGACUUAAAUGACUUUUCCCAUGGUUGACUCUGGUUACCUGGGAAGAUUUUUGAUGUAUGUAAGGAUGCACAGGAUGAGAGGCAUCCAUCUUCGUGAAGCCUUUCAAAGAGUUACCCAUUGUUCUUGAAGAAAAAUUUCCAUGGAAUGAAGGAUUAUCCACUCCUUUGUUGCACGGCUGACCUGUCACGCUCUGAGGCAGAAAAUAGUGUACUGUGAUCCCAGCAAUGACUGAAUCGUUCCAGCAUGGUAGUGAACUGUCUAAACGUGGAGAACCUUCUUCCAAUCACUGGUGCCUGUGCACAUGAAGAAGUCUCCAGGAUAGUCCUGUUUUUUAUGAAUAAAAAGGCUGAGCCUCUAACCCUUGAUAAAUCCUUCAGCUAAGUUACAGGCAAAACCAGUGUCCCUGUUCUUCCCACUGACUUUAAAACUUGACUCAUAACUCACUGCUAACAGCCCCAGCCCGAGUGAAGGGUGAAGUCCAGCCUACUGCAGGACCCUCUCAGCUUGCUCAUCUGGCUGUUGGUUCCUAGCUAGUUCCCAAUCAGGCACAUCUGGUGGUACUUACCCUGAGGUGCACAAGUGACAGACUUCCUCAGGUACCACAUACUGAGUGUUGGUAGCACAAGGCUGUUGCUACACAAGAGGAGUAGUUGGUUAGGCAGUUUGUAAGGUAUGAUUCGGUUUUAAGCUGCUAGUUCACAGUAUGAGAGAGGCCAUCAUGCUCUGAAGAUAGAAGGCAGGUGAAGGAAUUGAGAAUGUGGACAGACCCGAGCUGACAUGGACUAGAAAUUGAACUACUCUGUUUGCUCAGAAGAGGCUGAUAGAACUACCUGAGGUUCUGCCAGUGCUUACUUUGCAUUACUUGUACCGUAUAAAAUCCCGGCUAUGCACCAAAGCACUUUGUAUGGGCCUGAUGCAAAGUUCUUUGAAAUACUGUCAGUGGUGACUAAGCUUUAGAUCAGGACCUGAAAAGAUGCCUCAGGCAGUGGUAUUUUAUUUUGAGGAGCACGCUUUUUCUACAGUUGGAUAGUUUAAAAAACUCAAUAAAACAGAUGCAUGAAAAGAAGUCAUUCUGAUGCAACAGUGACAAAACAAAGUUGUGGCUGGAAAGACAGUACUUUGGAAAGAUUUCUCCCUUUAUUUGGUGUGGAAGAUAAGGGCUAUGAAUAAAAGUACCAGAUGCAGCUGUAUUAGGGGUUCAGCCACCUUCUUAAGCUCUUUUCCACUAAUAUCUGUAGGAAAUUAAAGGCCUAAAUACUGGCUUGAAAGUUAGCCAUACAUUCCAGGCCUGCUUGGGAAUGAGGCAAAGUACAUUUUCUUGUUCACCUGCCAUGCCCUUGACUCUCAGGACAGCAAAUACAGCUGGUACCUCAGAGAUGAGGGGAAGGGAUAGCUCAGGAGUUGUAGGAGGUAACCAAUUUUCAGCACUUGAAGUGGUGUAGAGCAUAUGCUCUUCCUGUGUGCCAUACUCCAGACUGUAACUAAAUAUCAUGUCUGAAGUAAAGACAUGGGUAUCCUACAAAGUUUAAAAUCAUCUCCUUUUUUGGGGCAUCUCAACUCAUUCCAUCUAACCUUCCAGUCUGAUUUUCAGCAUCUUAUACUAUGCAGCACCCUUCUAUGUGACAUAUUCUGUAAAAUCCUGUUGUUCCUAAUUUGCUUUCGUUACUGCUGAACCUGCUACCAAAAGAGAUGUGAUCAGAAAGUUCAGGUAGUUUUAGCAAUAACUGCCUUAAAGAAUAAACUCAAAUUACACCGUUAAUUUAAAAUUAAACCCGUAAAUACUAGGUGAGUACACAAUUUGCCUGUAUCUCCACUGAGGCUUAACCUGGGCACCAAAUCCUUUGCAAAACUGAGGACAAGAAACAGAUGAAUAGAGAAGCAAAAGAAUAGUCCUUACAAAUCAUUCUCUAAAAGUAACGUCGUCUUAAAAUAAAAUAUGCAGAAGUCAAAUGGGUUUUCUUACUAGUGCUUGCUUACUAAUUCCUUCUGGUCACUCCGUUACUUGUUGAGAGUUUUGCAACAAUCUUAUGAAUAUGGAAAUAACAGAAACAAAAAUUAUUGUCCUGCUUUUUGUGGCUGUCAGAGUUACCACAGUAGUGUUACUGAGAAGCAGAUGUUAAAAAACAGACAUGGUUUCAACAGUCCUAUGUAAACAGUUGUAAUUAAUCGUAAUCAAAUAUUUGGAAUCUCAAAGGAAAUGUUGAACGUUGGACAGUGGCCAAGAUCUAGCCACUGUUAAUGUUUUUUUCUUAAACCAACAGUAUUUCUUACCUCUUUUUCACUUUAGGGAAAGGGAGGUUUCAAAAUUACUGAUAUGUCACAACUUGUGUUUUUCAUCACCAUAGAGAUUGUCCUUCAAAGAUAUUUUGGAUUGAAGUAUGGUAUUUUCCAUGUAUUUUACUGACCUUACCUAAAUUAAAAAUUCCUCUGACAGCUUUUUGACAUUAUAGAAAGCUUUGUUCAUGAAUUAGCAUUUCAGUCACCCAUAUCUUCUCUUUAUUGGCUCAAUUAAUUUUUUUUUAAAUGGUAGCUGGAAUUAGCCAGAACUAAAAGGCAAGUGACUGCCAAGGGGUUGGCUUGCAAGUGGUGGGUAUAUCCCAGGAUCUGUAGAGAAAAAUCCUUAUGUAUCUUUCUCCAAAACCAAAGCUUUAAAGUUGUAAUUUAUAGGGUUUUUUUUCCUUAAGGCUUGUUAUAGUUAGGAAUUUUAAUUUAUGAUAUUCAAAACAUAACUCUGCCUUUCAGUGAUGCAUGCGUGUGUGGGGCAUGUGCCUGUCAUCCAUGAAUGAGAAUUCUCUGUUUGCACUGGCCAAGAAACCUUUUACCUUCACGAUAGAGGAAAUGUAAUGUGUUGCACUAGUACAUGUCCUCUUAACUGACUGUUAGCCUUGCACGUGUGCCAAAAUAGCUACACCUUUGUGUACGUUAUUUGUAGUGUAAAUAUUGUGUUCUUGGCUCGUCUGUUAGUUGGUAAUAAUGUAAUAUACAAGACUUGUACAAGUUUGUGUGAGCGUACACAUACUCUUUGGAUCUAGCUAAGUAAUUAAACCAUAUAGAUGUUGAUCCAAACCUUACAUCUUACUAAGGCCAUACCCUUGUCUUUCAGCCAAUGCUGUUCAGCUUGGCCAGUUGGUGACACUGCUAUUCUCCCUCCAUAGCAUGAAGGUAGAGAUCGAAGGAGGCUUUUAUUGUUUUACAUGUCUACCCUGUUCCUAUUUCUGGGGGAAAUCACUCUUCAGUGUUUCUAACAUUGUCUUGGUGUGACAAGAAGAAAUUCUAGUGAGGAAGGAGGGGAGAGUCAGAGUGAAAGCAAGAUUUCCUCCAACUGCUUUCAAAAGACCAUUUAAAAUUUUGCCCUGCAUGGGCCUUACUUUUUCCCUUGCCCCAACUUUAUGAUGCAAGUGGAUGCUCAGUACGUAUACACAGUUGUUUAUCAUCAGUUAGUAAGCGUAGUUAUGGUACGUUGAGGUGGGAAGAGGAAACAGGACUGUCAUACAAUGCUUAUGGACUUAAAUCUUGCCCUUUAUAAAAUUAAAUACCUGAAACACAGUGACGGAUCUCAAACUCAUGCGAAGUUCUCAUAGUCUGGAGUGCCUCAACUUGAUAUGUGUACCUCCUGUAUUUGGAAUGUUUGCCCAUAAAAUAGCAUUUAGACAUUCAGUUAGUCAUGCUGUGCACUCCCAAGUGCCCAUUUGGCUUACCCAGUAUAAGCUGGAAAUGGCGGACCGAGAUGUUCUUUUUAAGUCUUCAGAAUCCCAGAACUAGUAAGAGACCUUUAGUUGUGGUCAUGCUUACUCAUUAAACUCAAAAACAAUGCUUUGAAAGAUGUUCCAGCUAGGAGUAGUUUUUUGGGAAGCUAAAGAAUAUUGCAGCUAGAACUUCCAUGUCUUAGUUGUUCAAGUAAUUUGGUUUUGCCAGGAGAAAUAACUGUAAUAUAUUUGGGUUUUUUUCACGUUUUUCAGUAUAUUACCUUGGCUAUAUUGCUUCAAAAUCCAUAUGGAGGUGGAUUUCAAAACAAGUUUAUAGUGUAACUCUACUUUGUUGUCAGAAAACAUUUGAAUUAGCUUGUUUCAUUCAAACUAAUUGAUCAUCCACUUUAGGAAGACUUUAGCAAGAGCAAGCUUGAUAAUAAAUAAAAGGGCAAAACCCCCAGCCUAUUUUCUGACUGUUGACAGACUUUUGCAAUACUGGUAGUCUGAAAUGAUUUUUUUCUAAAAAAUUAAUUCUUUUUCACAAUCAUACACAUGCACUACUUUGCAGCAUAUAUAUACAUGAGCGCCAAGAAUACAAAAAAGCUUUUUUUUUUUUUUUUUUCUUUAAAUACCUUACAUUUAGAAAUUGACACUGAAAUGCCCAACUGACUAACCUGAUCUGGAAAAAUGUUAAGCACCUACCAUAUUCCAUUGCAGGUAAACAGCCAAUGAAUAAAUUUUCAAAUAGUUAUACAACAUCUCUUUUUGUGAGUUACUGUAAAGCACAUGGCAUGUACAAAGUAAGUUUUGUUGUAAGCAUUUGUAAAGGUCUUAAAGAUAACACUUAUGAUAAAUUGCCCUUCCCUUCAGUUAACUUUAUUUGAGAUUUUUCUAUUACUUUGCACUUUUUCAGAGCAGAUCACAAAUGUAAAUAAAGUUACAUUAAAGUUAAUUUAAAAAGUAGCCCUAAAAACACUCAUACUUCAUCCAUCUUUACAUUUUGAUCAGGAAUUAUAUUAUGGAUGAUCAACAAAACAAGAAAAAUGAUGGCCGUCUGUAUCCCCACAAUGGUGAAUUAUUUUAAGCUUCACUUUACAUCCAAUGAGUUUCUGUAUGCUUCCAUUUGUGUAUGAAAUAUCAGGGUCAUAGAGAAGAACAAGUUAUAGGAUGCAGCAAGUGUGCUUGUGUCUGUCUUUGUGCUGGGUUUGGAAUAUGUCAGCUUUGGCAAACUGUUGCAGCAGGGAAAAUGUUUUGUAUAAUGCUUAUAAUACAAAGUACAUUCUGUAAAGCAGAGAAAUGGUCAAUGUUGGAUAAGUAUAUUGAAGUUUAUUCUUAGCAAGGUUUUAGGUUUCACAGAUUUAAAUAUUACAGGAGAAAUAUAUAUUUAUACAGAAAUGUAAUUUUUGAAUGUUUGAGGUUGGGUUUCUUCAGUCGUGAACCAUUUAUUUAUCCACAUUAUGCUUUAUUCCUUUGCUGGCUUGGUCAUCUGUCCAUGCUCUUCCAACAUCCAUUUCUAAUUUGGUUUAGAUGUUUUCAUUCUUUAUUUGCACAAAUCUGGAUGUGCAUGCUGUCAGGACCUAAUUGUAAAGUGUAGAGGCAAAACUGUUUUAUCUUUGAUUACCUAGAACACUAAAAAAUUUAAUCAUUAAAUAGUUGUGAUACGGAUAUAGGUCUUGACAUAGUCUUCCUUGGAGCGCUGUACAGUAUGAUAAAAACUUUCAGUGAAUCUUACUAUUUCUUGUUCUUAGUUUCAUUUGUCUUUCAUUAACCAGGAAGCUGCUGUGUGCUAUUAAUUACCUGCAAUAUUUAUAAUUGCAGGCAUUGCAAACAUUAACAUUCAGCUGUACUAGCCUACUGUGUUCACUGUGAAAUUUUCAAUACGGUAAGAAUAUUACAUGAUCAUUUAACCUGACAAGUUUACUUUUUUCCUCACUAAUUUAACACUGAACCUUUUUUUUUUUCCAUUAUUACAAAUGAACAACUUGAGCAUAGUAUUUCUUAAUUGUAACUAUAAUAGAUAAAUUAUAUCCUAAGCAAACAUUUUUAAUCACUUGAUGAAGGGGGUCAGGCAUCACCCAGUGCAGAGUGCACUGGGCAAUGUCUUAUCCCCACUGCAGUCAGUGCCAAAAUUCUAACUGAUGUUAGCAAAAAUGGAGCCACCAUUACCAAGGGGUUAAUAUGCUUAGUAACCAUGACAAGAGGUUAUGGGAGAGCACAACAGUGAUUCUCUAUUUCCAUAUCUUUGUUUCUGUUAAUUUAAAACUACUACUAUUCAAUCUUUAAAAUAAGUAAAAGAAACUUGAAGGGGGGAUCAUAUACUACUAGUUUGUACUAGGUUUUUUCAGGAAAAGGAAACAAAUUUAUAUAUAUAUAUAUAUGCAAUAUAUUUUUACACUGUUUAUUAAUGCUAGGAAGUAUUAAGUGUAUCACUUUAUCAGUGUGAAUGUUAAAGUAAUGACAACGUUGUGGAUGUUUUAAACCUUUAAAAGUUGUCUUGUUAAAUUCUAAAUCCACAUUAAUAGAAAAGCUACUUUGUCUACAACAUUAUUGUUGAUGUUUUAGGGAAAAUGUUCAAGUAUAGCAGUUGUUUGAUUAGCACUGUAAAAGCUUGGCUUGAAAAGCUGUAGUGAAAUCCAUAUUGUAAACACCAUUUUUUAAAGCAUAGCUUCUUAUAAAGUAUGUUACUGCUGUUGACUGACUGUAAAAUUGUAUCCUUAGUUGGUAAAGUGAUCAAUAAAAGUGUUACUACAUCA